AUGUACAUUCGUCGAUUACCCGUCGUGCUGGGAUCCGCCCUGGUUGCGGGAUACGGUGCCUGGUACUCGUACAACUCGACGACGAUCCCCGGCGCCGCCUCGCUCUAUCGCAGCUUCUCCUUCGCCGCCACCAACCCAUCGACCGCCGCCGCUUCGCCCGUGCCGACGAGGACUGUGCUGGUGGUGGGUGCGGAUGAGCUAAGGCAGGGCACCAUCGUGGGCGACGGGCCCAUCUCCAAGGAAACGAGCGGCGACGGCAGGAGGAUCGUGGAGAUGCUGACCCCGGAGCAAGCCACGCAGAAACUGCGUCACCUGGAGCAGUCCUUCUCGGUCAACAGGGGCCACGGUGUUACGCGGUACGACCUCGUCCAGCUCCCCAGCAACGACCCCAUUGAAGACGACCACGCCGAGAAGAUUGUCCAGGUCCCCAGUCGGUCGUCGGCUGCCGAUGCCGGAGAUCAGAAUGAAUGGAUGUUCUGGGGGGUCUUUGAUGGCCAUUCUGGCUGGACUACGUCUGCGACGCUUCGCCAGAACCUCAUCUCAUACGUUGCGACAGAACUCAACAAUACAUACAAGGCUGUGGCUGAGGGCACUCCCUCGUCUGAUGCCAUCGAGCUCGCUAUCAAGACUGGGUUCAACCGUCUAGAUACCGAGAUUGUCCACAACAGCGUCGAGAAGGUCUUCAAGGCCAGCUCCAAGACCGUGGCUGCAGAGCUGCUGCAGCCUGCUUUGUCCGGCUCCUGUGCGCUGCUGUCUUUCUAUGACAGCCGAACCAAUCUUCUGCGGGUAGCGUGCACCGGUGAUUCGAGAGCGGUUCUGGGACGUCGAUCCGAUUCCGGCAAGUGGACCGCAACUGCUCUAUCCGAGGAUCAGACUGGCAGCAACCCAAAUGAGGCGAACCGCAUGCGCAAGGAGCAUCCUGGCGAGGAGCAUGUUGUGCGCAACGGCCGUGUUCUCGGUGGCCUGGAGCCCACCCGCGCCUUUGGCGACGCUGUCUACAAAUGGAGCCGCGAGACAUCCUUCAAGCUGAAGGAGAAGUUCUUUGGGCGUACGCCUUCUCAACUCCUCAAGUCGCCCCCAUACGUGACCGCCGAGCCCGUGGUGACCACGACCAAGGUCAAGCCCGAGAAGGGUGACUUCCUCGUCCUAGCCACCGAUGGGUUGUGGGAGAUGCUGACAAACGACGAGGUCGUCGGGCUUGUCGGCCAGUGGAUCGAGAGCCAGGCCGCCGGCCGCCAGUCAAAGUCCCAGUUCGAGGUGGCAUGGUCCAAGAUCAUGGGCACCCAGGGGAACGGCGCCCUUCCUGUUGAGAAGGGUGCUGACACUGGGGCCGAGGGCCAGAAGACUCCCAUCCGCCUGCACCAGUGGGGCGUUGACCCCGAUGCGAAGAAUAGGUUUGUCGUGAAGGACCAGAACGUGGCAACCCACCUCGUCCGCAAUGCUCUUGGAGGCCCCAACGACGAGCAGGUGUGCGCUCUACUCACCCUACCGGCCCCCUUUUCCAGAAGAUAUCGCGACGACCUCACAGUCCAGGUUAUCUUCUUCGGUAAUGGAGAGAAGACGGGUGAGAUCUUGGUAAACCCCGAGGCCACCUCCCCAGACGAGAACCCCAAGGCCAAGCUGUAG